ACUUCAGGUGAUUGAAAAGAGCGGGAGUUUUAACUUCUUCGGUUUGGUUGAAAUCGGUCGUUAAAGUUGCUGACUGAAGUUUAAACCCACAAUAUCCUUAACUAAAACAGGUUUGGGUUGUGAAAAUGAUGUCUGGAAACUGUCACAGAUUCACAGGGCACGGGGAUACUGUGAGGCCAAUAUUGGAAAGCAUGUUUUAAAAAACAAAAUGGAAGCUAUCAAGACAGAUUUACGUCUUUUACUGGAGUGUCUGAAAUACCAGAUGAAAUGGCCGGACUCGCAGAAACAAGCUCUCCUCACCAUCCUCUCUAUUUGCCAACAAAACGCAGGUCAAUAUGUGGAGUUCUUUAGAGAGAUUGGAGGGAUUUCAUUCAUCUAUAAUCUGUCAAAGUCUAGCUCAUACUCUGAAGUUAAACAGACGGCUCUCUUUACACUUGCAUCCGUUGCUGAAUCACAUGAAAGCUGUAAGCAGACCCUUUGCCGGGAAGAGACUUUUCGUGAUUUGGCACAUCAUUUGGAACAGGAAAUACCUCUGACACACAAACGGGUUGCGGUGUACAUGCUGGGUGUAUUGGUUGCCAACAACAGAUGUGGCCAGACUUUUGCUAAGACCUCGAGGUGUAUUGAAGUUUUGCUCAGUUUGUUCAGGCACAGUUUUCCAGAGCCCAAUGACUCUUACGAGCAGCUGCAGUUUUGGGUCGCUGUGUCUAGCGCUCUUUGUAGCUCGGUUAACAACCCUCAGAAUGAGGAGAACCAGAAUGUCUGUUCACGUGUCUUUCCUAUGGUGAUAACCUGGCUGCAGGAAGUGCAGUUGCCUCGAGCAGAACUGGCACAGCCUAUAUGCUCAUUUAUUGGCAUGACGGUGGCAAACAACUCUUCUGCUCAGGAGUAUUUUGUGUCUGCGGGAGGCCUGGAUUCACUCUCUAACACUCUUAAUAAAGUCUUACCUCAUUCGGCUCAAAGCAUGGCUGCUUGCAAGAUGGCCACAGUGAUUAUUAAAACACUGUCUGCUUGCAUCUCCAACAAUGAGUUGUUGGUUUCUUCUCUAUCAAACUUGAGGGUUAUUCCAGGGAUGUUGUGUUUGUUGUCCAAUCCAAACCUCGACCCUCAAGACCAGAUUGCUGUGGUGGUGACGAUUGGUCAGCUCACAGAUGCUUGUGUGGAGCAUCAGUUUCAGUUGUUGCUGGCUGGAGGUCUGGCGUUGAUGAUCUCUCUGCUCACUGAAUCCCCUGAUGAAGAGGUCAGGAGAGCAGCUAUGUUUGUAUUGCACACCUGCAAGAGAAUUACUGAAUCAAUGUGUGGAGACAUGUCUUCAAAGGUUGAAGAGGAGUGUGAUAUGGAGAAACACAGGCAGUCAGCUGCUGAAAUCCUUCAGAGAAUACAGCAGCUAGAGGAAAAGAUUGGGGGGAAUCAGCUGGAGAGGGACGGUGAAACCCAGCGGAGUGAACAGAAGUCGACCUCAUCUGUGGAAUUUAAUGAGGAAUGGUGGGGCGGCUCUGUGAAGCGGAAGGUCAAAGGUUAUCAUCAAGCAUGUCAGCAGGGUGUGCGAAAAGCUUUAUUUAAGACAUCUGAGCCGUGUUUGAGUCCAAUCCAAGUCCCUGUCUUCCAACGCACUUGCUGGGAAAAGAGCAAAGAGAGCGAGCAAACGAGAGAGACUGAGAGCUCAUCCCAAAUGAGCAAUGACUGGGAGAUAAGGAGAGAGAAGGAUGAGGAGCAGAGGAAAUUAAAAUCUGAAAGAGUAGCAAAGAAAUUGAAGAUGAUCACAACUUUCGCAAAUCCACAUUCGGAAGAUAAAUGUUAUGAACCUCUUAAAAACUGCAGCAUGCCAACAGGGGGCGGCAGAGAUACAGAAGGCCCAGAUAUUUUCAGACAUCCUCAUCCCAGAAAGAGAAACCAGUUCAGACAGACACUCUCAGAUGAUGAGAUCUCUCUGUGCUCGGAGUUAUUGGACAAAGAAAUUGAGAGGUUUCUGAAGCCACCACCUGCUUCUGUAUCCAGCAGCUUACGCUGUGCAGGUUGUGUAAAACUAAUGCACGAGGUGGACAGUCGUUCAUUUGGAGCCAUGAUGCGUAGCUGCAGACACCAGUGUGAUUUUCACCUGGUCCUUCAGGAGGCUGAAGAUCGAUAUAGGAGAAGCCAGCAGUUAGAGAGAGCUAGUCACACCCUAACACGUGCUUGCAUCAGUACACCGAGAGAGAAGACGGAGAGCAGCGCUAAGGGCAGAAGCAAGCUGAGUCACAGAGACACUCCACAGAGUCUUUGGAAAAGAAACGUUUUCAGUCUAACACCCCUGAAAAGGCCAUGUGAAACUGAUGGCUCAAACAACGAAGAGAAAUUAGUUCGCAGAAAUCUUGAGAAAUCAUUUGAUAAAUGUCUCCCCAAAAAUUCUUUCUCAGGUAGGCAGAGGGACAGAAAGAAUUGGUCUGCUGAUGAACUGCUCUACCUCAAUGAGGGUGUAAAGAGGUUUGGUCACUCCUGGAACUCCAUCCUGUGGGCAUAUCCAUUCCUGCCCAGACGCACCAAUGUAGACCUGGCCCAGAAAUACCAACGCAUGCAGAAAGCUAAAGCUCAAGGUUUGGAUCGAUCUGAUGAAGGAAACAUCUAACUUCAAAAAGAUCAUCUUGUUUUGCCAUCAAACCUGUAUGCAUUUGUUAUCAUUUUUUCAUUAUAUUUAAUAUUUAUUUAAAGCGAGUGAAUGCAUAUUUAAUAUAUAUACAAUAUGUUAAUAUUUAUGUUUUUGGAUUGUGUAGUUUUGCCAUAAAAACAAAGUGAUGUGUUAGAGUAUACUAAUUUCUUGCACUAGAUACAAAAGACUGUUAUGUUUUCCUUAUAAUUUUCCAAAUAUAUGCAUGAGACCAAAAA